AUGAGUGGAAGAGAUGCUCAUUCCGUGCAACAAGCACGAAGUGUUGUGGAACAGCUGCGUCGUGAGCGUAACUUACGUCGUACGUCGGUUUCUCAAGCAGCCAAUGAUUUAAUACGGUAUACGCAAGACUGUCAGAGAGAUGAUAUAUUAUUGACGGGCUUUUCGAACGAUAAGAUGAAUCCAUUCCGGCCUAAAAGCUCCUUCCAGUGUUUGCUACUUUAA